AUGGCCAUGCGUGCACCGAAUCUGGCGUGUCGAGCAUGGGAUAGCUUGGGCAAUGGCGCGCUGUACACUACGAGAAUACGACGGACCGGUGCUGUGGGGGAAUUUGGAUCGGGAAUUGGGAGAAGUCUUGUGCAGCCAUCAGCUCCGCUGGCACUGCGAGCUCAGCCAUUGAACAGUGUAGUCGGUCAGCUGCGAGGGCUGUCUUCUACACGGAAUACUUCCCUCCUAGGGCUCUCAACCCCACGCUCGAUAAUCGCCGGAUCAUCCCUUGCAAGGCAGGACGUUGUCCAGAGAAGAUUUUUGCAGACGUCACCUCCACAGCGAGACGGAGACAAAACUUCGCUCAAGACUCAAGAGCAGGAAAAGCCGUAUAGGCACCAGGUCAAGCAUUCUUCUGACCCCGCGGACGAGGACCCGGAAGAUGACACACAAAACUUCAAGAAGUCGGACCGCGCCGCCAAAGCAUCACAGGUCAAUCUCUCUGCAAAGCUGUCUAGAGAAGGCAAGGAUGGCGAGGGAAAGACUGGUGGUGGAUGGCGAGAGAUUGUACGUCUGCUGUCGAUCGCCCGUCCAGAGGCUCCCACUCUCAGCUGGGCGCUGCUCUUCCUCCUUAUUAGCAGUAGCAUCACCAUGACCAUUCCAUUCAGCAUUGGCAAGAUCAUGGACGCCGCCACCAACGAACAAGGCACUCUCUUUGGUCUGCAGAUGGAGCACUUUUACAUCGGCUUGGCCAUGCUCUUGGCUACUGGUGCUUGUGCUAACUACGGCCGCAUCAUCCUACUCAGGAUCGUGGGUGAGCGCAUCGUGACGAAGCUUCGUAGUUCUCUUUUCAAGCGCACAUUCGUGCAGAAUGCCGAGUUCUUCGACGCGAAUCGCGUGGGAGACKUGAUCAGCAGACUGGGGAGUGACACCAUCAUCGUCGGUAAAUCCAUCACUCAGAAUCUUUCCGACGGCAUGAGAUCUCUGGUAUCGGCAACGGCAGGGCUGUCACUGAUGGCAUAUGUCAGUGUCAAGCUGACUGGUAUUCUUGCCGUCGCAUUUCCGCCUGUUGCCUUUGCGGCAUUCUUCUACGGAAGAGCCAUCAGGAAUCUUUCGCGAAGGAUACAAAAGAAUCURGGAAGUUUGACAAAGAUCGCGGAAGAGAGACUCGGCAACGUUCGCACCAGCCAAGCAUUCGCAGGAGAGCAACAAGAGGUGCACCGGUAUAACACACAAGUCCGUAAGAUCUUUGGCCUGGGCAGAAAGGAGGCUUUUAUCUCUGCCAGUUUUUUCUCGGCUUCCGGAUUCAUGGGCAACAUGACGUUCCUAGCACUCCUUUACGUCGGAGGUGGCAUGGUAAAAUCUGGUACCAUCAGCGUGGGCGACCUCACCACUUUCUUGAUGUACACUGGUUACGCAGGAAGCUCCUUGUUUGGCCUGUCAUCAUUCUACUCAGAGCUGAUGAAAGGUGUCGGUGCUGCAUCACGUCUCUUCGAAUUGCAAGACCGUGAGCCCACCAUCAGCCCGACUAAGGGUGAGAUGGUACGAUCCGCGCGCGGCAUGAUCGAGUUUAAAGACGUGGCAUUCGCCUAUCCGACUCGGCCAGCUGUGCAGAUUUUCCAGAAUCUCACCUUUAAGAUUCCACAAGGUAGCAAUGUUGCUAUUGUGGCACCUUCUGGUGCAGGCAAGAGUACCGUGGCCCAGCUUUUGAUGCGGUUCUACAUGCCCACUCWUGGUACCAUCACUAUUGGUGGCAGAGACAUCAACUUGAUGAAUGCCAAACAGUUGAGACGGAAGAUUGGUUAUGUUGGRCAAGAGCCUGUCCUCUUCUCAGGCACCAUCGCUGAAAACAUUGCGUAUGGUCGCCCGAAUGCAAGCCGAAGCCAGAUUGUCGCAGCAGCACGACAGGCGAAUUGUCAGUUCAUUAGUGAUUUCCCUGACGGCCUCGAAACAUUCGCCGGCGCUCGCGGCACUCAAUUAUCUGGUGGGCAGAAGCAGCGCAUUGCGAUUGCCAGGGCUCUGCUCAAAGAACCAGACAUUCUCAUCCUGGAUGAGGCGACUUCUGCUUUGGAUGCCGAGAGUGAAACUCUUGUGAAUCAAGCCUUGCAGACACUCCUCCGUGGAGACAACACAACCAUUUCCAUCGCGCAUCGAUUGAGCACGAUCCAACGCAGUGACACCAUCAUUGUAAUAGGAAGCGACGGAAAGGUUGCGCAGAUGGGUAGCUACAGGGAAAUUUCGCAGGAWCCUGAAGGCGCGUUUGCGAAGCUCAUGGAAUGGCAGUUGAACGGAGGCAAGCCUGAGGAUGAAGACUCCAAGAAGAAGAAGAAGAAGACCAAGAUGGCUGCGCUAGAGGAGGCAGAGGCYGAGGGGGAGCUGACCGAGGAAGAACGCAUGAAACUCCGACUCGAGGAGCAUGACGAUCGGGAGGUCAUUGAUGUCGUUGAUGCUGAAAAGGACGGCGAGCAGUGGGAAAAAGUCAGGGUCAAGUCAGGCGAACAAAACGCGGCGGAAACGGUCGUUGAGAAGACCGGCCUUCGAGACGGGGGUGCAGGGGAUCGGAAGGGAUUCUCAUGA